UCUCCCAACAACAUCACCACGAACGCAGCUCCAACAUAAAAUCAGACGCCAAUUAAUGGGGCUCUGCAUGUCCAGCGGUAGCGCGGAGGCGGAGGCGGCGGCGCGGGCGAAGGGGCAGCCUGCAUCGACGGCUAUGGUGCUGCUGCCAACGGGCGAGCUGCGGGAGUACCCUCGCCCACCCACAGCGGGCCAGGCGCUCGAUGACAUGGUAGACGCGGAUGCUGGCUGGUUCCUGUGCGACGCCGACGAGAUGACGUUCGAGGGGCCCGUGGCUGCAGUGGCCGGCGACGAUGAGCUCCGCCCGGGGCAGAUAUACUUCGUGCUCCCCGCUGAGGCUCGACGGAACGGCCUCCGGAGCGAGGACGUCGCCGCUCUCGCCGUCAGGGCGUCCGCGGCGCUCGUUAGGAAGGCCAGCACCGGCCGCGGACGACGGAGGCGCGCCGGCUCGGUGGCGCCGCUCGUUUUCGCCGCCCCACCCCAGGAGGUGGAGGAGACCGUCGCUUACAAGACCGUGCCGACGCUGGCGGCGAAGAGGCGGCCGGUGAAGCGUGCCAAGAGCGCCGGGAGGAUCCAGCCGCGCUUCGCGCCCGAUCUGACCGCCAUUCCCGAGUGCGAGUGAACCAACACAGAUUGGGGAGGUGCGCAAGUUAUACUUUUUUUGUGACAUCAACGCAGAUUGGGGAGGUGCUUUAGACUCUGUACGUAUAAUUUGUAGGAGCAAAAUUUUGGUUAGUUUGUGCCUAAAGUCUUAGCCUAGGAUGGCGACAACAAAAUUAAUGUGA